GCAGCGUGGCCCUGCACGAGCUCGCGUGCGCUGUGCCCACCGCUCCCACCUCUUUCCUUCCUUUUUUUGCUUUUGGCUGCGCCCAGCGUUCGGGCCGCGGGAUACGAGACAUGCCCCACGGUGAAGCCGAACAUGCUCAAUGUGCACCUGCUGGCCCAUACACACGAUGAUGUGGGCUGGCUCAAGACCGUGGACCAGUACUUUUACGGCAUCCACAAUAGAAUCCAACAUGCAGGUGUUCAGUACAUCCUGGACUCUGUCAUCUCUUCCCUGCUGGCGGACCCCACCCGUCGCUUCGUCUACGUGGAGAUGGCCUUCUUCUCCCGUUGGUGGCAUCAACAGACAAAUGCAACACAGGAUGUUGUGCGGGACCUGGUGCGCCAGGGGCGCCUGGAGUUUGCCAACGGUGGCUGGGUGAUGAAUGACGAGGCGGCCACCCACUACGGAGCCAUCAUAGACCAGAUGACACUAGGGCUCCGCUUCCUUGAGGACACGUUUGGCAACGACGGGCGCCCCCGUGUGGCCUGGCACGUAGACCCCUUUGGCCAUUCUCGGGAGCAGGCCUCACUGUUUGCGCAGAUGGGCUUUGACGGCUUCUUCUUCGGGCGCCUGGAUUACCAAGAUAAAUUGGUGCGGAAGAUGAAGCUUGAGAUGGAGCAGGUGUGGCGGGGCAGUGCCAGCCUGAAGCCCCCCACCGCCGACCUCUUCACCAGUGUGCUCCCCAACAAUUACAACCCACCGGAGAACCUGUGCUGGGACGUCGUGUGUGCUGACAAACCCAUCGUGGACGACCGCCGCAGCCCUGAGUACAAUGCCGAAGAUCUGGUGGAUUACUUCCUAAAGUUAGCCAAAGACCAGGGCAAGUUCUACCGCACCAACCACACGGUGAUGACCAUGGGUUCGGACUUCCAAUAUGAGAAUGCCAACAUGUGGUUCAAGAACCUUGACAAGCUCAUCCAGCUGGUCAAUGCCCAGCAGGCCAAUGGGAGCCGUGUCAAUGUCCUCUACUCCACUCCGGCCUGUUACCUCUGGGAGCUGAACAAGGCCAACCUCACCUGGUCGGUGAAGCAGGAUGACUUCUUCCCCUAUGCUGACGGCCCCCACAUGUUCUGGACUGGCUACUUCACCAGCCGGCCGGCCCUCAAACGCUAUGAGCGUCUCAGCUAUAACUUCCUGCAGGUGUGCAACCAGCUGGAGGCACUGGCAGGUCCAGCGGCCAACAUGGGACCCUAUGGCUCCGGAGACAGUGCACCCCUCAAUGAGGCCAUGGCUGUGCUCCAGCACCACGAUGCCGUCAGUGGGACCUCCAAGCAACAUGUGGCCGAUGACUACGCCCGCCAGCUGGCUGCAGGCUGGGAACCCUGUGAGGUUCUCCUGAGUAACGCGCUGGCGCGGCUCAGCGGCUCCAAGGAUCAUGCGCACCCCGAUCUCCCUCCCCAGUUCCAGGUGACCGUUUAUAACCCUUUGGGGCGGAAAGUAAACUGGAUGGUGCGGCUCCCAGUCAGCAAACACGUGUUCCUUGUGAAGGAUCCCAGUGGUGCAGUUGUGCCCAGCAAUGUGGUGACAAUGCCCAACUCAGACAUACAGGAGCUACUUUUCUCAGCCUCAGUGCCUGCCCUCGGCUUCAGCACCUACUCAGUAACCCAGGUACCUGGCAGGAGCCCACGGGCUGACCGCCCUCAGCCCAGAUUCCAGAAGCCCUUAUCUUGGAUCAAGUCCUCAUCUCGGGUCAAGCCCUCGUCCCGUGUCUUGACCAUCCAAAAUGAGUACAUCUCGGCCAGCUUUGACCCUGACACGGGGCUGUUGGUGGAGAUGAAGAACCUGGAGCAGGACCUCCGGCUGCCUGUUCGCCAAGCCUUCUACUGGUACAACGCCAGUACAGGAAACAAUCUAAGCUCCCAGGCCUCCGGUGCCUACAUCUUCAGACCCAGCGGACAGACACCUCUGUUCAUCAGCCGUUGGGCUCAAACCCGCCUGGUGAAGACGGCCUUGGUGCAGGAGGUGCACCAGAACUUCUCAGCCUGGUGUUCCCAGGUGGUUCGCCUGUACCCGGGACAGCGGCACCUGGAGCUGGAGUGGACGGUGGGACCAAUACCCGUGGGUGAUGACUGGGGGAAGGAAGUCAUCAGUCGUUUUGACACUGCGCUGGAGACAAAGGGACUCUUCUAUACCGACAGCAAUGGCCGGGAGAUCCUGGAGAGGAGGCGGGAUUAUCGUCCCACCUGGAAGCUGAACCAGACGGAACCAGUGGCCGGAAACUACUAUCCAGUCAACACCCGCAUUUACAUUACGGAUGGGAACAUGCAGCUGACAGUGCUGACCGACCGCUCCCAGGGGGGCAGCAGCCUGAGCGAUGGCUCCAUAGAGCUCAUGGUGCACCGAAGGCUGCUGAGAGACGACGAUCGCGGAGUUGGGGAGCCACUGCUAGAGACAUCGGAGUCAGGGUUGUGGGUCCGAGGGCGGCACCUCGUGCUGCUGGACAAGGCCCGGACCGCGGCCUGGGGCCCGGAGAUGCUGCUGCUGCGCCUGGAGCACCAGUUCGCUCUAGGGGAGGACAUGGUCGGCAACCUGAGCUCUCCAGUGACCUUGGACUUGAAGGACCUGUUCUCUGCCUUCACCAUCACCGACCUUAAGGAGACCACGCUGGCUGCCAACCAGCUCCGGGCCAAGGCCUCCAGGCUCCAGUGGACACCAAAGACGGGCCCCACACUCAAGCCCUCUCCCUCCCGGCUGGACCCUGCCAGCAUCACACUGCAGCCCAUGGAAAUCCGCACUUUCCUGGCCUCCGUCCGAUGGGAAAAGGAAGGCUAGACCUGCUGGGGGCUGGCUGCCCCCUUUCCAGCUGAGCCCUCUCCUGCAGGGGUCAGGCCAACUUCCCCUUCUCUUCUUGCUGCUGUUACACCAGUGAAAGCCAUUAAAAUGCCACUACCAAGCCUUG